GCGGGAGUUCCUUGCUUUUGUGACAGCUUUGGCUUUGCGUUCGGUGGUGUCUGAACUACUCCCAAAGGGAAGGGAAACUGCAUUUUCUCCAUUCCCCACUGGUAUAUCGUUGAUGCAGCUAGCAAGCGAACGCUUCAAGUUAAAUCCAGUAUUUUAAGAGUUCAGGGUUGAUGUUCCUUAUCCACUUUCCCACUCGAAGAACCGCCGUUCGAUACAUUUCGAAGAAUAAUAUUAUUUUAGUCCGACUGAACAAAACAAAUUGAAGUGCAAAGUUAAUAGUUACAUUUCUAUUGAUUUGCUAGCUUGCAUUGCUAGUUGGGAAAGCUAAGGUUAGCUACGAUAUUUAGUUUUCUAAGAUUUAAAAGGGCGGGUAUUAUUUUUAGUCAUCAACAGUUUGUUAUUGCUCAUUCGAAGACACCGGCUAAUUAGUUAAUCAUAGCUAACUCGUAUCUAGCUCGCUUUAAUACUGUGCGUAUUCAGCCUGGAAGCCAAUUCAGGGCCUUGCUUACCACCAGUCUGCAUCGCCGUGCAGUGAGAGCUGAAAGAUUACUUGGUGACAAAGAGACUUCUCCCUGAGGAGCCAAGAAGUAGACGGCUCAUGACUUCUGACCAGGAUACGAAAGUUGUAGCUGAACCACAGGUGCAGCAAGUACAAGAACCAAAAGAGAGCUCUCAUCUGGAAUCUGCCAAGGUUUCUGACCUGAACCCCAAUGCGAAAGCAUGGGCCAAUCACCUGCUUAACCUGGACACCACCACUGGGACUGCAGAUCCACCUGCUCUCCAGCCAUGGAAGGACGGCUGCGUUAGCAGCUCCGCUAACCCUGGGCCAGAAGGCUGUGAAGCCAGCGAAGAUGAAGUGUUUGAAGGGACCCUACUAGCUGACUCAGAUGAGCCGCCGCCGCCGGUGGCGGUGAUACUGGCAGAGCCGGCUCCCAUGGCUGCCACCGUCACCCUGGAGUGCUCCGACCAUGCUGCAUACCCAGAGUCUGGCCAGGAGGAAACUCACACAGGCAGUGAGACCCAGCAGGAGAUCCCUCAAGAGGACCUCCGGGAACACUUGAAGAAGACCCUGGAGUUCUGUCUUUCCCGAGAGAAUCUGUCCAGCGACAUGUAUCUUAUAUCUCAGAUGGAUAGUGACCAAUAUGUACCAAUCGUGACGGUAGCUAAUCUGGACCACAUCAAGAAACUCAGCACGGAUGUGGAGUUGAUCGUCGAUAUCCUACGAUCUCUGCCGUUGGUACAGGUGGAUGAAAAGGGGGAGAAGGUGAGACCCAACCAGAACCGCUGCAUCGUCAUCCUCCGAGAGGUCCCUGAGAGCACUCCCAUAGAGGAGGUCGAGGCUCUUUUUAAAGGAGAGAACUUACCUAAAUUCAUCAAUUCUGAGUUUGCCUACAACGACAACUGGUUCAUCACCUUUGAAUCGGAAGCAGAUGCACAACAGGCAUAUCAGUAUCUUCGUGAAGAAGUGAAAACCUUCCAAGGGAAGCCUAUUAAGGCACGGAUAAAGGCGAAGGCAAUCGCUAUUAACACUUUUAUGCCAAAGAAUGGCUACCGCCCGGUGGAGGUUCACCCUUACGCUCAGCAGCAGCAACAACGUUACACCUCCUACUACAUACCUCCAGUGUACAGCCCUCAGCAGCAGUUCCCCCUCUACAGUCUCAUCACUCCACAGGCCUGGUCAGCCACCCACAGCUUCAUAGACCCUUCGCUGGUUACCCAAUUUCACAACACUCAAUUUAUCAAUGGAUUUACAACAUCCCAUAGUUUUAAACCAGCGACGUCUCCUCUUGCUGGUGUUAGGCACUACUCUCCCAGGAAUAGGAAUCACACUCACAGUAAACCUCACCUGAGGCCCACAAUACCUAUCAUGGACCAGCGCGGCACAGGGCUCCUGGACAGCCCCACCAUCUUCAACUUCCCCACGGAGCGAAUUCUGAACGGGGUACCGCGGGGUUCCCCCCAAAUGACGCGCCUCCCGAGCCAGAACAGAACCAGGUUACCCCCCUCCACCAUGACCUACCCCAGGAGAGACAUCAGUACAGGUCGGUUGGAGCCCGUCAGCACUGACUACUCACUGGGCAUGGGCCGGGGAAGGACAAAUAUUUAUGGUUCUAGGAAAAAGAGGGACGACAACAAGUUUACAAGAAUGGCUACCCAGUCGCCACCCCCUCCUCAGAAGCCCCCGUCCCCCAGCUUUGAGCUGGGGCUCUCCAGCUUCCCCCCUCUGCCUGGGGCCGCAGGCCACCUCAAAACCCCUGACGACAUGUUUGAGAACAAACUGGCCAGCAUGGUAUUAGGAGCCACAAAGGACAGGAAUGUAAGCGUUGAUGCCAGCUCUGCAGGUGCCCUCCCCUCAGGAGGACCCAAGGAGCCACUAAGGACAGUCACUUCUCCACAGCCCCUGAACCUCCAGCCCACUGCCCCCCCGAACCCAGGACCAGCCUCUGGCACUGUCCAUGUUUCCUCCCAACCUGCAGAGGAAGUGAAGGUUCUGGAGGUGAAUCAGGAGACUCAGGUCUCUAUGGAGCGCGUCACUACCGCUCUGUACACUGCUAGCAAAUCUGUUCAAGUCAAUGGUACUGCUACAGAACUGCGAAAGCCCUCUUACGCUGAGAUCUGCCAGAGGAUUAAAGACCACGCUCCGACACUACAGGCCCCUAAAGAGGCCAAACCAGCCAGCAGCGCUGCCUCCGCAGGAGAGGAGAGGAAGUGCACUGACGCAGCCCCAGGGGACAGGGGUGAGCCAAAGGUCCCCCGAGAGACAUACCCAUGCUCCUCCAAGUCUGCCACCCUCAGCAGACCCCGAGAGGUCCGGAGACCGACCGGCCGGUGGCCUUCACCACCCCCCAACCACCCAGGGAAGGGUGCCAGCAGCAAAGAUCUCAACACUCCCCCAAAGUCCCCGCAGUAACCCCCCCACUGCAAUCAAGUCAAUUUCAAAACAAAAACGUGAGAGUGAAAGAAAUCUGAAAAAGUCAGGGCUAUUCAAAUACAACCUAUUCCAAAAUCACCAGUCAUUCAUAGCAUAGAGAGGAUGCCUUUCUGGAUCAGGGCUUUCAGACAAUAGCACUUUAGUGUGCAAAUAGAGCACCGUUAAUCAUUUUUACUUAUUUAUUUUUGGAGGGUUUAUUUUUUUCAUCGCUUUUGUUAUUUAGUGUCAAUCUGAAAACUUACUCCUGUUCAGAUUAGUGGGAUAAAUUCAUAUGUCCAAAGUAUUGUGAGGUCAUCAGUGGAAGCCAACAAUGGGUGAAUGAAAGGAAGCAGAUGAGGAACAGAGUAGCUGUUGCCAUGUCAUUCGUUGUGACUGUGAGGGGGUGUCUGUAUGUCUUGUAUGCAGUCCUGUUAAGUGGUGAUGUGAUUCCAUUGCCGGGUGUGAUGACCAUAUCAGUCAGACAAGAUGUGUCCCAAAUGGCAACCUCAUCCCUAUAUAGUGCACUACUUUCGAUCAAAAGUAGUGCACUACAUAUGGAAUAAGGUACCAUUAGGGACGCAUCUAUGAUGCGUUUUACAUAUUUGUGUUCAUAUUCAAGGUCAACUAGUCCAGGCUCAUUUUACGGACUUAACUGAAAUCCUCAGAAGACUUCAUUUCUGAGGGACUUCGCCACUGGUGUCAUUUAUCAAAACUAGAUUACCUUUUUGCCAACAUGGAACACUUUAUCUUUUUAGAAUACAAGCAUUUGAGGAGAAUACGUUUAUUUGCAUACUGGUUUUGAUCUUUGGUACAAGUACUACUUGUUGCGUGCUGGUGGUUUUGAGAGCGCCUUAGACUUUCUUUAUCUGGUGUUUCUUGUGGUAAAGAAUUACAUUUAGUCGUUUUCUGUUGUCCAAUGCAGGAAUCUGUUUCCUAGCUGCGUAAAGCACAUAGCUAGUUAGUACUCGUAGAGAGCCACUAUCGGGGUCAGUAGAAAUCUACAUGCAUUUUGAUCUUGGAAAAAGCAGAUGAGGGUCGUUCCAGCAAUUCGGUGCCUUUUGAGAUGUGUAACUUGGUCCAAUUUAAUUUCUUCACUUUAUGUUUUACUUUCUGUCAUAAAGAGCACGUAAAACUUCACAUUUUCCCAUCUCAACGUUAAAUACAAAAUUACUAUAGUACGUGACAAAAUAAGUAACAGGGUUGACUGUCGCAGGGUUGACAAUGUCAUCUUAGAUCAGCUGUGAAUCCCAUAUUGAAAGGUGGAAUGGAAGUUUGUUGUGUAACAGGGACCUGUGCCACCGUCACAAACAUUUUUAACGUAACAUUUCUAGCCUGUCUAUCUAUGGGUAACAGGGUUGACAUGGUAUGCUUGACUCGCUCAGUUUUCUACCACAAAACACCAGAAAAUGGCAAGAGUAGAACCGGCUCACCUGCUUUUACACUGUGAUUUGACUAGAUGUUCAUGUUUCUUUUGAAGAAAAAAAACAUUUAAAAAAGGAAUAGUUUUACUAUAUUAAAAUGAUAGUUCAGUUCGUAACAGGGUUGACCUUUAAAUUGAGGGACACAGAAAAUCACAAAUAAAAAAUAAUCUUCAGAUAUGACUGUCAAAGCAACAAAUUAACUAGGGCUUUACAAUGAUAGGUUAAAAUAUUCCUAGAAGUCACGGAGGGAUUUUGAAUUUAGGCACUAACAAGUCUUCAUUCAUAUAAAGAAUUUGAUUUAUUGAAUUCCCAUGUGGUCUAUAUUAAAGGGCACUUCAUUUAAUAUAACACACUUUUAAAAUUCAAUAUUUGUGCACCAUUUAUACUUUAAAUAUCAAAGGGGUCCAAAAGUUUAUAAUUUCGUGGAACGACCCAUAAAUUCAUCACAUGGUGGAGACUGCUGCGUGGAGGAUGACUCAUAAUAAUGUCUGGAACUUAGAAAACAAGUGUUUUGAUGUAUUUGACACCGUUCCACUCCAGCCAUUAACACAAGCCCGUUCUCCCCAAUUAAGGUGCCACCAACCUCCUGUGCUCAGCUAUUAGGAGUCGGCAGUAGGGUUUUGGCAGGGUGUAGUGACUUCAUUCAAACAGUGGGAUGUUUUAUUUUAGAUAGCUAUGGUGCUAGCUAGAGGAUGAACCUGGAACUUGCUACUUCAAAUAAUCUGGUACUGUACUUAGAUAAUAAUACUUGAUACAUGUUGUCAACUAAACUUUGCACUUUGUUUUGUUUCUGGAUUAAUUAAGAAAUCCAUAUUUUACCUACAUACAGAAGCAAAGGGGAACCUAACAUGUAAAGACAAAUAUGGAAAGGUCUGAUGGUCACAUAAGUAAUCCCUUUACAAUUUCAGCUAUACAACCAAUAGAUUUUCCCCCUAAAGAAUGAAAUUUCUUCUUGCCAUUUGACUUGUGCAUUAUGUUGUGACAGGAUGAUCAGCUUUCAGAAUCUCUCAAAUGUUGACUAAUUGUAUUAACCUCUAUGCGGAUUAAUUCACACACACACACACGAGUUAAACUUUUUUGUUUACUCCCAUGUAAAUGCCUACAAGACAUACUUCCGUGCAUGCUGAGAAUAACAACUUUAGUCUUGGUGUAGAUAGUCAUUUUAUUUUGUGCACACCCUAUGGAGUCUCAUUUUUAUUUUGUUUUGCUUUUGAGCUAGUCAUUUGUGAAACCACUGGUGCGUGGUGUUUUUUGAAGCUGUUCUAGCUUAUUCAGUAUUACAGUAGUUAAUUAUAAUGUGGGUGUACACCUUAGAGAAUGUGUACACCUGGUGGCUCAAAUGGGAAAAAUAAGUGGAAUUGGUUAAAAGGAAGAAGUACGAUAUUCUUUCCACUACAAAUGUUAUAUUUGAAGGUAAACCAUGAUGCAGCCAUUUUAGAAAUAAGGUAUUGCUUUAUUCAUUGGGUUACAGUCAAACAAACGAGUAGUGAACUGGACCCUGUGAGAAUCCAGUGAGUGAAUGAAAUGACCUUUGACCUGUUUGCAUACUGUGAACCUGAGCAGCUUAUCGAUGAGUCCUUUCAGUUUGGGCAAGAAAACGUUGUGCAGAGGGGGCAGCACUCUUGGGUCAUUCCAAAUCCUUCCCCCCUCACAUACAGUAGAAGUGCCCCUGUUCACUGCAGGACUUACUCAAUAUUUAUUUUUGGCAUGCUUUUUCUCUUUUUAGAAUGCCUUCUAUAGAUUUCUCCUGGCUCUCCAUACAAAACCAUAUAGCUUCCAAAUUCCCCUCUGUACUCUGCAUACAUGUAUAAGUAGAAAAAAAUAACUCAUAAGUGGAACUUGUGCACUUCUUUAGUGUCUCAUUGAUGUCUUCCUGCAACAAGGAGUUGAAUACUCUGCUUAGAUAAGAGGACUCAUUUUGGAGAGGAGACAUUGCCUAAGUCACAGAAUGGCCUGUACUGAUAGUCAUUGCUGCUUUUGAUUUUGAUGCUUUUGAUUUUGGUUUGCAAAAACAUUAUUUAGUUUGAUUUUGAAAGACUGGGAUGCACUUGGGUGGACAGUCUUUAAAUUGCAGUUUUUUUUAAAUUUGAUUUUAAUUUUUUUUCUGAGAUGGUAUAAAACACAUGAUGCACCAUAUCUGCUUAUUUAUAAACCAAUGCUGUUUAUUCCAUGAGAGAUAAUAAAAUGUUUAUUUUUAAGAAGAAAUAUACAAUAUACAACUGUAUAUUUUCCAUCCAGUGUUUGAAAAACUUGAAUUUUAUUUAAACUUGAAAAUGACUUUGCCUUAACUUUUAUAUGAGACAAUGUAGAGUUUAUUUCUUUUCAAACCCCAAAAUGUUACUAAGGGUAACACAUCUAAAUGUUUAGUCAUACCAAACAUCACAAGUCUUACUAGGUCUUAAAGUACAAAUCUGUCAGCAUUUUUUUUUUUUGGGGGUGUAAAAUUGUAAGAAAAUUGUCUAAUUUGAUUAACUUUGUUUCUACUUCCUAUUUUCAGUUGUUUUGGGGAAAUAUAAAUCCUGUAAAUGCAAAAUAGUAAAUACUGUAUCAAAUAUGUGCACUUUGAAGUGUGUGCUUUGCUUGUACAAUUGUAAAUAAUCUGAAAAAUAGAGGUACCUUAAAAUGAUUUAAAAAAAUAUAUAUUGAUCUUGUUGAAAUAUUAAUGUCGCUUUUUGAGCUGGAUGUAGGAUAAAAACUAAAUGUUUUGAUUUUGAAUAUUUUUUUUUCUAUUCUGUUGUGCAGAAUUGCUUCUCCCUCACUUUGGGACAGGGAAGGUUGUCUGAUUGUAACUUUUUAAAAGUCAUUCUCAUUCCAUGUCCUUGUGUUUUUCAACCCCUGGUAGACAAUGUUUUCUGUUGGCCAACCUCUUCACUGUGCACAGUGAGAAAAGGGAAGAACCUAUCUGUCGUACAAACACACAUCCUUAAAUGAAAGCACAGUCGGUACUAUUAUCUGACAGACUGUGCUUAUAGCAGUCUGUGUGAUUUAGCCCAUACAAGAAUUCUUUAUCACAGUAAAGCACAUUUUUAAGCACAGGAACAUCAAAUCUUUCUCACACAACCAAUUUCAAGUCCAUAGCAGCAUACUGUAUAAUUGUACCAGACAUAAACCUUUCAUGUUUGGAGUGAAGGUGAUUUAAGCAGUGUUGAUAUUCUGUUUAGUUUUUUCUUUUUGAAGGUUUGUCUUUCAUGAAGUUGUACGUCAUCUGAACUUUCGUGGCCCCCAGCACUAAACUUGACAAAUCAAAAUUCCUUUGGUAGGCUUUACCAGUGUUUAGACUCAAAUAUAAUAGUGUAGAUAUUUGUACACAUUUCAGCAAGAAAAUUAGUUUUCUGGCACAUACUGUAUAACAUACUGUGCAUUGUCUUUUUAUCAGUUGAUCACACGUGGGCUGCAUUUCUGUGCCAUUAAUUUGUUUCAACCUGGCAGUUUGUUUGACUUGUACUUUAAUUAAACACUUGACAUUAUAAUUGUUACUGAGGAAGUGUAGCUGGUCUUGAAACUAUAUAACUGGGAAUAAUAAUCUGAUACCACUGACAUUAGACAAAGUACUCAUAGCAACCCGCAUCUGAUCUGGCUAAUGAAGUCUAGGUAUGUACAUUUUGAGCUAGUCUAUGCUAGUAGGCCUUUCUAAUGCAAAAUGCUAAUACUGUUGUCUUUGCAGAUUGGGUAUUGAUAUAUUAUCUGGCUGGCACUGAGUUUGUAUGAGAAAGUGUUUGUUUGUGAGAAGUUAACCAAACACAACUGCAAAAUUGACUGACGGUUGAAGUAAAGUAAACCAAAGGGUGAUUAGCCAGCCAGGUUUGUGCAGCAUGAUCUGAAAAUGAUUCUGUUAUUGGUUUCUUUCUCCUGAAGAUGAUUGCACUGCUUACAGUACGAAAGUGUUUAACUUUUUCUUCUUUUGCGCGCACUACUAAAGCCCUGUUGUAAUGUUUGGCUGUUCUUGUGUUACUGUGCACAGACAGUCUCAUAUCAAGCGGUCUCGUUCUCCCUGCCCAGUUCGCUUCUUUCUGUUACGUCUCACCAGUUUGAUAGUGCCAUGUAUUUUUUGCAAAGGUUGCAGCUUGUUGUAAAUUGACUGUAAAGUGAUGUUACAAUGCACCAACUGACUGGAAUGAGAUGAACCAAUUGUCUCACUAUCAAAUCACUGUGUUAAAUUAACUCAUUUUUACGCUAACAGCAGUGGACAAUCGAUGACUUGAUGGGGAGAAUAACCUAACGGUAACAGUUGUUCAUCGAGGUUUCUUUGAGAGGGCUUUUGAUUUGUCUUAACUUUUCUUCCAUUUAAGACUGGAAUCAAGCGUACAUGUCAACUGUUGAUCAUUUAAGUUACUCUUGUGUCAUGAUGUAAAACUGUCUAAUUUGGAGAGAAAAAAAUGUAGCUUAUUGAAAAAUAAAGAUUUAGGCACUGUUAA